AUGGCUCGACUUGCUCGUCAAGACGAAGUCCAAAAGACGACCAACGACCAAUUAGUUGCUUUGGUCGCGGCACUCACAGCUCCCGAUGGCCAAACAAGCCGUCCCCAGCAGAUACGCUGUCGCCUCUUUAACACCAACCCAACGGCGACCGGAGGCGACCACGUCUCAGAUGACUCGGAGCCUAAUGAAACCAUUCUCGCCGACCACCCCCCAGUAGGUUCUAAUCUCGCAACCAUACGCGAGCUCGCCGAGCUCAAACUCAGCUUCCAACAAAUGAGCGAGAAGAUCCAUCAGGUAACCAGCGCGGCCCCGCAAAUCGAGAGCGUACUCGCCCCAACAUCACGCACCCUUUUUACUAGCGCUCUGAGUAGUGUGCAACUCGGAAAGAUAGAGAAGCUGCGCCUACCCAAGUACAAACCCAGCGGAGACCCGGGGGAACACAUGACAGCUUUCAACAUUGCGAUGGCACGGGCUCGACUCCCCGACGAAGAAAGGGACGCAUGCUACUGCCAACUGUUCGUCGAAACUCUCCACGAGCAAGCCCUAACCUGGUUCUCCCAGUUAGAGGAAAACUCCAUCGGAAGCUUCCGCGAUUUGUCAGCAGCUUUUAUCAAGACUUACAUUAUGUUCACCAAGCGCAGCGCUACCGCCUCUAGCUUCUGGAACCUUAACCAAACCAAUGGCCUGAGCCUCCGCAACUACAUGGAGAAGUUCAAAGCCGUAGUCUCGAGGAUUGAAAUUCCAGAUGGUAUUGCCAUCGACGCCCUGCGGAACACAUUGUGGGUUCGUUCUAAAUUCCAAGAGGAUUUAUACCAAAACCCAACUACGUCACUCAAGGAUGCUAUCGCGCGCUCUGAUAAUUUCAUCCGAAUGGAAAAAGAUACUAACGCCAUUCUCAGCAAGAUGAACGCACCCAAAGCUCCAGCGGCUAAAAACGCCAACACGCAACAAGAACCGCGCCAGCAUGCUCCAAUCGACAAAAACGGCCGCAAAGAUGGAUACAUGUAUGUCGUCAAUGAGAACAACGUGCCGAUUUCAACUCUCGUAGUCCGCGGAGAAGGAUGGAACAAGGGGUGCAAGUCACUCUAUGCGCACUACCUCUCAUCCCUAGCAAGUGGCGACUUCAAGUUCGAACCCCUAAAGGCUAAGCCAAAGAACGGCAAGAGCUGGAGCAAAAAUAAAGAAAGGAGAGCCCAGCGCAAAGCUACAGGCAAAGGUCGACAUAGCGAAACUCAACAACGAGAUGACGAGGAGGAUGCUCCGAAGAGUAACGACGAGGGAGACUCCUCGGCCGACGAAGAGCAACCAUUUAACCGCAGACGCAUUGAGGUCAUAUUUUCUCAGCAUACCUUGUCGUCGGACGAUGAGAACGAUGACACACCUGUCCUCAAAGAUUUGAGAGAUGUUCUAAAAUGA